AUGGCAAGAACGAAACGAACACAACCCGGCAAGAAGCAUCGAGACGACGAUCAGCAGUCCAAAGAACCACCCGUCACGCCAGCUCCGUCCGAUGCGAACCUAGGGUCAGCUUCAGGCGAAGUGUCAGACGUGCCCUCAAACUUAGACCAAGAGUUGGAGGAUGACCUUUGGGGUUUUCUUGAUGAAGAGGUUAGAGCAGAAAAGCAGGGGGAUGAGGAAGUGGGUGGAGAGGGGGAGGGUGUUGAAGAGACACCGGAGCAAGUCGUCGACGAUAUGGACAUUGACCGAAACGGCGACGACGAUGAAAAAGAAGAGACCGAAGAAGAACUACUCGACCAGAUCAAGAAGAACUGGGGUAUUACCAGCCUACGGAGUAUCAUGGAGCUGGGGCUCGACACGGUUAAGGACAAACAGCUCAAAGAUACGUGGCUCUCCGGUGAAACCGACCUCGCAGACGAAGAAUGGGAUAAGAUUACCCUACGCCUUUUCCGAGACCUAUCGCGAUUAACACGGAACAACUUCGACAAAGCAAGGUCAAUACUGGGCGAGUGGCUCCGUUACAGAAAGCAUGAUAAGGACGGAAAGAGAACAGGAUCGAAGAGGGUCACCCACAAAGAGCCCAAGUUGCGCAACGAUCUGAGGGGCAUCAUCUAUGAUUUGCAGACGACGAAAGAGAAGGCACAGAAAAAGAAGGGUAAAGAUCAGGGUAAACCCAUGAAGAAGAAGGCGAAGACUGAUGACUCCUCCGAUGUGGAUCUCGAUGACGGCUUGUAUCAUCUGGAAGUAGAGCCACCUCUCGAAAAGGGGAAGAAGGCAUCCGAGAAAAAGGGCAGCAGCAAGACACCAGGCGGUAAUAGUGCAAAUCGUUCGAAAUCACGACAAGAUAGCGGAGAUGACUCUGACUCAAGCCCCAGUGAGGUUCCUCCGAAAGACCCCCGCAAAGAGAAGAGCGCAGAGGCCGGUGUGAAAGUGAAGAAGAAGCCAGCUCAAUCGAAGCAGAACGAAAAGGCAAAACCAAAAGCUGCUGAGGCAGAAGCCGCCAGCAACGAAAGCCUUGCGAACGAGCCUCCACCGGUCACCAUAAUACAAAACGACGAGGAGAGAAACGCCGCACUCCAAUACAUCUACAUCAACUGGCGCACCACCUCGCUUCUCCAUGUCCUUCCAGGUGCUCUGCACCCAGUAGAAGCGACCAAGGAUCAAAACUUGGCUUAUGAGAUCGUCGCGGCUCUGCGCAAUCUCUCUAAUGUCAUUCGUACGCCAGAUGAACUUGCUGCCUUCAGACAAGAUCUGGAAGAUCAGGUGGCGGGAGAUACUUCAUACACUAACGAAGACAUUGUGGCUCACAUUAUGAGAGUGGGCGAGCCUUACUACCACGCAGCGCGAGCAGCUGGCGCGAUUCCAAGGCCAUCAGCUGUUCAGAGCGCUGCUGGCCAGCCACAGACAGAGGGACCAACUUCACGGGGACCAACUACACGCAGGUCGCCGCGUAACCACAACACUUCCGCAAUCCCUCCAGCGGGUGGUCAGCAAGCUGCUGCUGCUCCAGCCUUAGAUUUAUUAGCAGCAGCAGCGGCUGGCAGACUUAGAGAAACUGUGACAACACCGCAGCCUCCACGGCCUAUUGCCCCCAGAACACCCCAGCCUGCACCAGGAGCAUCAGCGGCUACCCAAGACGAAACCGUGGCUAAAUCCAACAACGGGAACGAAGGUACAGCUCAAGGGUCUGAGCAGCCCACCUCGCAAGAAGCAGCUGGUUCUAUGGACGCGAGUGGUCAGUCAUCAACCGCGAACAACACGCAAGGCCAAGCUCAACCACCGCGACCUCCAAUGCAGCCAGCUGAUCUUCAGUCCUCGCGCUUUACUCCGGCUGUACCAGACAACGACACAACAUUCAGAUUAGUAUCAGCUCUGAGCAGAGUGCGCAACUCCGAGGCGGACGUGAGAGUAGCGCAGAUCCAGCGUGACAUUGCUGCUCUCCAAGGACAAUCCGCAUAUGCUCAAGCAAAUGCCUCUCUUGAAGUCGCGUUGAAGGAACGACAACGUGCAGAAGCAGAGAUGGAGGCGAAUAGCUUCCAGGGAUAUAGAGAGGGGAUGCAGACGCGAGAGGAGGUUGUCAGGCAGCGUGAGGAGGAGCUCCGGCGGAUACGUCGGGGAGAUGUUGGGGUUGCAGAAGAGGGUGGAGAAGGUGAAGAGGAUGGAGAGUCGCGCCAAAAGACCAAAAGGCGAAAGAUAGGAGACGGUGGCAAGAGUGGGGACGAAGGAGACAUGAGUGAUGAAGGCAACGUGGACGGAGGAGCAAGGUAG